GCGACGAAGUCAAAUAUCUCUCUUGAUAUUGGAUCAAACAAGAACACAAACACAACACGCGUGAUGAACAGAUUGGUGGCGAUCUGCCUGUUGGCAGUAUGUAUCGCCUCUCAUUACGUGACUAUUGCUCGUGAGAUCAGCAGGGCGCAUUACGACGAUCUGCAGGUAGCCGCUUCUCAUCACCAUCAUGAAAGCGGCCACGGGGGCGAGCAUCAUUCCGGUCAUCAUCACGAUCAUGGUGGAAAAGGUGAUAAAGGCUACAAGUCGGAGCAUCAUCACGAAAAAGGAGAAAAGGGACACCACGAUAAAGGAGGCCAUUCUGGACAUUAUCACGAGGACGAAGGCCACAAGAAGCAUCAUCAUCAUGACGAUGGCUAUUAUGGCGAACACCACAAGGGUGAGAAAGGAGAGAAGGGUCAUGAAUUCCAUGAGAAAGGGCAUUUCAAGAAGGGCCAUAGCACGAAGGGACAUCACGACGUUCACAAACUCGACGAAUUUAAGAAGGAUAAGGAAUUCUUCGAUGAACAUCAUGAUCAUGGCCAUCACGAAGAACAUGGUGGCCAUCAUCAUGAACAUGGACAUAAGAAAGGUGGCCACUUUAAGAAAGGGCAUCAUGACCAUCAUCAUCACGAAGAUCAUUACGGCAAAAAGGGUCAUCACGAGAAAGGACAUCAUCAUCAUGAUCAUAAGGGUCAUAAAAGUCAUGGUGGACACGAUGAGCAUCAUCAUCAUCAUCAUCAUCAUGGCAAGAAAGGUGGCCAUGAAGACCAUAAACACUGGGGAUUCAAGAAAGGGCAUUAAUA